AAAUUAUUAAUAUUUCAUUAAACACCACAAAGUACUAUAAAUAGGCCUCAUAUCCCUCUUAUUCUACUCACCCCACACUCUUUGUUUUCUUCUCUCUUCUCAUUCAUAUCCUCCAAGGAAUCCCAAUGGCAAGUGUUGAGGUUGAAUCGGCUACAAACACCUUGCCAGAGAAGGUGGAAAGCACCCAAGAAGUACCAAAAGAAGUAGAGACAGUAGUUGCUACACCACCUGCACCAGAGCCAGAGGUGGAGGAGCCGACAAAAGAGCCACUAACCGUUGAUGCUCCACCACCAGUUGAAGAGCCGGUUGCAGUUGAAACUGAGACUAAAGAGGUGGAGGAGCCUAAAAAUGAGGUAGAAGAAGUUAAGGCGGAGACGACUCAAGAAGAGGUGAAGGAAACUAAGGAAGCCGAGGAAGAAACUCCGGCCACCACAGAGGUAGUGGCCGAAGAAACUCCGGCCACCACAGAGGCAGUGGCCGAAGAAACUCCAACGACAGUGACGGAGGAGGCUGAAAAACCUGUGGUGGAAGAUGAAAAGCCAGCUGAGGUUGUUGCCACCACUGAAGUUGCAAAAGAGGAAUAGAGUGUGGAGCUUUGCAUUUGGAUGUCAAGUUAUGUUACUUUCUACUUUCUAUUAUGUUCAAUAUUUGAUUUGUAUUGUGUAAUGUUCAAAAUCCAAGUGACAGGAAUAGAUUGAAUAUAUCAAAAGUGUCGGGAGCCACUUUGGAUUUUCAGUUUUAAAAUUUUAAUACCAAGUUCUAUUUUAAUA